CCUCCUCCUCGCUCCUCCACCCGGCUGCUGGCGAAAGGGUCACGCGGGUGCUUGCGCAGAGUGCUGCCCGCGGCGCCCGCCCUCUCUCCGAGGUGGCUCCGCCCCGCGGCGGCUCGGCGAUGGCACCGAGCUUCGGCGCCGACCGGCUCUCGACUGUGUGCCCGACGUCGACGACGCAGGGGCCCCUGCAGGAGGUGGAGGUCACGCUGGAGAAGGGCAUAUCGUCUCUCGGCGGCAGGGCCGACUGGCCCAGCAACAGGAUAUCGACCACCAAGUACGAGUGGUACAGCUUCCUUCCGAAGAACCUGGUGGAGCAGCUCCACAAGUUCUCGACGGUGUAUUUUCUUAGCAUUUCCGCGCUGCAGUACGUGGGCCAGUUCACCGAUCUGUUCAUCGGUACGAUCAACUACAUCACCACGCUCGGGCAGCAGGUCGUGCUCAUGGUGCUCUCCGCCUCGAUCUCGCUGCGGGACGACCUCCAAAGAAGAAAGGCCGAUCGCGACGUCAACGGCUCCAGGGCUGAGGCCCGGCUUCGGCCACGGCUCGGUGCUGCCUGACCUGGCCGGCGGUGUGGGUCCACGGGCGUAGUUUCUCCUCCUCCUCCUCCUCCUCCUCCU